AUGUCAAGUAGUGAUACAACCAAAGAAACGUGGGACAAACUGGAAGUCACUUAUGAAAGAACCAGCAAAGUGAGAGAAACAAGGAUAAACAUGUUGGUUCAUGAUUAUGAACUCUUCCAGAUGAAAGAAGGAGAAUCCAUUGAGAAAAUAUUUGCAAGAUUCAACAUAAUUAUUGAAGAUCUAAAAGCCUUCGGUAAACCCUACUCAAGUGGUGAUCAAGUUCGAAAAGUUCUAAGGAGUUUACCUACUACUUGGCAGACAAAAGUAGUCGCACUCGAAUCUCAAGAUCUAAACAAACUUUCAUAUGAUGAACUACGAGGAUAUCUUAUAGCAUUCAAGAAAACCCAUCUCAAGAAAAUGAAUCAGGAAGAAAAGACGAAAAUAGUUGCCUUCAAAACUAAAACUGAAGGACCUGAAAAUGAUAUUGAUGAUGACCCAGAAGCUCUUGAAGAAGAAAUUGCCAUGGAUAUUGUUGACCUUACCCUGAAGGAGUCUCAAAAAAAGUUGAAUGAACUAAGGAGACACAAUAGGGAAAAGAAAGACUGGGAACUUAAGCUUGAAGCCUAUGAAAUCGAAAGUGAUGAUGGAUUUGAAAACCCAAAAACAACCUUGAUUCUGGUAAAAUCAACGAACAAGGACCCAAGCAAGCUUGGGUACCUAAAAGAAUGUGAUGAUUCUAUUUUGCAGGAACACCAUAGGAAAAGUCACAAAGGAAAAUGGUAUGUAGACAGUGCAUAUUCCAGUCACAUGACGGGUGAUAAAAAUCUGUUCAAAGAAGUCACAAAAAUAAAUGGAGGAAAUGUCAAAUUUGGAGAUGAUUUAAGAGGAAAGAUAGUUGGUACUGGCACAGUUCCAUUCAGCAAUAAUUGCGAUAUUGCAGAGGUAUAUCUAGUGGAUGGACUCAAUUACAAUCUUCUAAGUAUAAGUCAACUAUGUGAUUCGGGGUACGAAGUUAAAUUCAAGAAAACAGUAUGUACUAUUGAAGAUGAGGCAGGUAAGAUUAUUCUUCCUGGUAAAAGGUAUGAAAACGUCUACAUUCUUGAUGGCAUCGAAAAUCGGAUAGCCAUAUCUGUUUAG